AUGAGCUGUACAAACGCGGGGACUACCAGCGCGCCAUUGAUAAGUACUCACAAGCCAUCGACGCCGCACCCACCGUCGUGGCCUAUUACGGCAUUUACCGCGCCGCUGCUUCGGUUCAUGCUGGGCAAGCACAAGGACGUGGGUGAUGGACUGCAAUCGCGCCAUCGUGUUUGA